AUGUGUUUCCAGAAUGAAGGUAAUGCAUUUGCAUCUCUCUCGUUGAAGCACCAUUCUUUGAUCAAAAAAUCAAGGAAUCUCUUCAGAACAUAUCAGGUUAAGCAGAAACUGCGAAAGAAAAGGCAGAAAGAAUAUCAACUCUUAUCUGAUGAUGCACCUCCAAAACAAGAACCAAGGACAAUUGAAAAUACCAGAGAACCAGAUGAAACUUUUGUUGAUGGUGAAGAUGAAGAGAUUCAAUAUGACUUAGAUACAGAUGAAAUGUCCAAUUAUUUCAAUAGAGACGUUGUACCGAAAAUUUUGAUAACAACAGCUGAAAAACCACAUACCAAAACAUUAUUGUUUGCUAGAGAAUUAAGACAAACUAUACCUAAUGCACAUUUACAUUGGAGACGUAAAUUUAGUAUAAAAAAUCUUAUAAAAAUGGCAAUAAAAAAAGAAUUUACAGAUAUUAUUGUAAUUAAUGAAGAUAAAAGAAAUCCUAAUGCUUUAUUGGUAACACAUUUACCAGAAGGACCAACAGCUUAUUUUAGAUUAAGUGGUGUAAAGUUCUGUAAAAAUAUAAAGAGGAAAGCUGAAUGGAGUUCACAUAGACCAGAAAUCAUAUUGAACACACAUUUACCAGAAGGACCAACAGCUUAUUUUAGAUUAAGUGGUGUAAAGUUCUGUAAAAAUAUAAAGAGGAAAGCUGAAUGGAGUUCACAUAGACCAGAAAUCAUAUUGAACAAUUUCAAUACAAGACUUGGUCAAAGAGUUGGUCGAAUGGUUGCAUCUCUCUUUCAUUAUGAUCCACAGUUUCAUGGUAGAAGAGUUGUAACAUUUCAUAAUCAAAGAGACUAUAUAUUUGUUCGCCAUCACAGGUUUGCAUUUAUUUAAUACAUUAAUAUUUAU